UCCCCGGCAGCGCUCUGGGGAUACAGCUACCUACGUUAGGACCCGUAUUUCCGCUCUGGUUUUGGUUCCUAGCUACCAGCCGUCCUAUUAGCCUCUGUUAGCCUCUUAGCUCCGAGUUUAACCGCCUAAAGUCUGUAAAUAAAACUAAAAUGACUCCACACUGAGUCUGCUGCAUGCUGGUUGUUAGCUGCUAGCUCCUCUAGCGUUAUAUUCACCCUUACAGCGCAGCUAACGGAGCAUGCUAACCGGCUAGCUGCUGCGUUUCUGAGUCUGUUUGUUAGUUCCGAUGAAGAGGAAACGUUAGCAUGCUGAGGAGUCAAUAACAGAGUCAUCUUUCUGAAGAAGUCUUUCUUUCCUCCCUCGGACUCUGUCGUGAUUGGCUGAGAGGCUUCCCUGGCUGUAAUCUCAUUGGCUGAGAGGCUUCCCUGGCUGUGAUCUGAUUGGCUGAGAGGAGCCAUGCUGACCUAGGAUCAGCUGUUAGUCAGUUUGCUGUGUGCGGAGUAACACAGUGACUCAUCAUGUCUGAGAACCAGCCCAACAACAACAACGUCCCUCUGAACAACAACAACAACAACAACAUGGGACCCAACCGGCUACGGAACCCCAACAUCAACCAGAACCCGCUCAUCAACGUCCGGGACCGCCUCUUCCACGCACUCUUCUUCAAGAUGGCCGUCACCUACGCCCGACUGUUCCCGCCAUCUUUCAGGAGGGUCUUCGAGUUCUUCGUCCUGCUAAAGGCGCUCUUCGUCCUCUUCAUCCUGGCCUACAUCCACAUCGCCUUCUCUCGCUCGCCCAUCGACUGUCUGGAGGCGGUGAGGGAGCGCUGGCCGCGGGACGGCAUCCUGCGGGUGGAGAUCCAGAGGAACUCCAGCCGCGCGCCCGUCUUCCUGCAGCACUACGACGCCGCGGCCGGCCUGCAGGAGGCGCUGGGGGCAGGGGGGGAGGCCGGGCUGGGGGCGGGGCUUAGCCUGGCAGCGCUGCAGGACGAAGAUGAGGAAGAGGAGGAGAUGACCAUGGAGAUGUUUGACAACAGCUCCGUACAGUUUGAUCUGGACAUGGAGCCUCGUCUGAAGCCGUCUCUGAUUGGUGGAGGAGGAGGAGGGGGGGGAGGAGGAGGGAAUGGCAGUCAGGACGUCUCCUUCAGUCAGACCACUAAAGGUAUGCAGCCGCUGGACGACUCAGUGUCUGAGCUGGAGAUGAUGACCAGAGCAGUGUGGCCCCAGGAGGAAUACAUCGUGGAGUAUUCUCUGGAGUACGGCUUCCUGCGUCUGUCUCAGAGCACCAGACAGAGACUCAACAUCCCCGUCAUGGUCGUCACUCUGGAUCCCACGAAGGACGAGUGUUUCGGUGACGGAUUCAGUCGCUUCCUGCUGGACGAGUUUUUGGGCUACGAUGACAUACUGAUGUCCAGCGUGAAGGCGCUCGCUGAGAACGAAGAGAACAAAGGGUUCCUGAGGAACGUGGUGUCUGGAGAACAUUACCGCUUCGUCAGCAUGUGGAUGGCCAGAACGUCGUACCUGGCCGCCUUCGUCAUCAUGGUCAUCUUCACUCUCUCCGUGUCCAUGCUGCUCAGAUAUUCUCACCACCAGAUCUUCGUUUUCAUCGUGGAUCUUCUUCAGAUGCUGGAGAUGAACAUGACCAUCGCCUUCCCAGCAGCCCCUCUGCUCACCGUCAUCCUGGCCCUCGUUGGCAUGGAGGCCAUCAUGUCGGAGUUCUUCAACGACACGACGACGGCGUUCUACAUCAUCCUCAUCGUGUGGCUGGCCGACCAGUACGACGCCAUCUGCUGCCACACCAACACCAGCAAACGCCACUGGCUCAGGUGAGUCACAUGACCAGCACC